CCCCAACCACAUUAUGUCGUAGAGAGUUAAGACGUUGUACCCACAUGCCACGCACCCCUCGCACACGCACAGACACAGCAGAUCGAAAGCAGUAUCCAUUAGCGAAACAGAGAAACGAGGAUCUCGCCGGCGGAUUCAGGCGACAGAGCUGCCGGGGGUUCGUCGCGCAGCGAGGUUUUCGCACAACACAGAUCGAUGGAAGAAGGAGAACAGCAAGUCAGACGGCAGAUCCAGACCACGCCCACAAUGGAAAGAGAUGGAGAGCAGCCGGUAGACGAAGGAGAAGCAGCAGCUCCGUCGGGAUCGACAAGCAGGUCCACUAAACACACAUCUAGGAUAGCUAUUCAGAAAGUAACAGAGGUUGUUGCUGCAUUAUCGAUUACAAAAGAUUCCUGGUUGAGGAGAUUGGCUUUGAGGGUGUAUUGCAUAUCCCCAUGAUUCAGAAAAUCAAUCUCAUGUUCAGCAAGUUCCUCAUGACCAAGGUGGAUGUGAAAGAGCAUUGCAUCAUCCUGAGACACGGCGGAACGCCAAUUACUUUUUAUCCACAGGAUUUCCACAAAGUGUUUGGCAUCCCAUGUGGUCAAUGAGACAUCCAUGGGAAAGAUGCAGACAUCACAUCUGAAGCAAUCGAGUUCAUCAGGAACUCUAUAGGGUGGACAGAGAAAUCUGAUCGCAGCUUAAGUUCGCUCGAAGUGUUCAUCGGCAAGGAAAUAAAUGAACUAUCCAGCCGAUUAGAAAAGGAUUCCUUCAAGAUGGCGUUUGUUGUUUUUGUGAUGGGCAGUCUGUUCGCACCGUGCACCAAAUAUGAUCACUCAACCAUCGACUACUGGGCUGCCAUCAAGGAUGCAGCAAACAUCUCCCUCUUCAAUUGGUGCAAAUAUUCAUUCAAUUUUUUACUAGAAGCAGUCUGCAAACUGAAGUUGGAAACAGAUGCAAACAUAACACCCAACCACCUCUCUGGGUGUCACCUUUUCUUUCAGGUAAAUCCCUCAAAAUCACAGUUGGAUAGGCCAAAUUCACAAAAAUAAAACCCCCAAAGUUACGGAAUGCUCUUUUUGGCGAUUUGUUUGAAGCUCUGCACUAACAUAAUCAGCAUGUGCUUUUCAUGUCGACAUGUGUUCAUGCUAGAUAAUGUUGAACUGGGCAUGAUGAACUUGAAGCAAACGACAAUGCCACGAAUACAAUUAUUCGACGAGGAGACCCUGAAACGGAUGAUCCUCGUGUGCUCAGCAAGAAAGCUAGGGAGAACAAUCUUCAUAGUCCCUGAGGCAAGACACUGGAAUGCCAUGUGCUACACAUGGCACAACUGGCAGAACGAGAAGCAUGGCAAGAAGAAAGCAAUGGAGCACAAGGCUGAAGGCUCAGCAAAUCAGUAUGCACUCGUCAGUCACAACCCAGAGACCACUCGACGGGGAGAGUAUACCAAUGCGGACACAAGCAACCUUGCACAGACACAUAAAAGCAUCAUCGAAUUCAGCCCCGGCGACUACGCUCGCUGGAUCCAGAUGCAAAACCCAGAGCUGGCCGCUUCUCCAUUAGGAUGGGCACUAAAAGAGCACAACGCAAAGUGUGUGCAUAUCGCAAAUGAAAUGAGAAGGAACAUUGCAACUGAGAACAUUCGAUUCACAAAAAAACUGCUGUAGGUGUACACUGUCAAACCAAAUUUGACAACACCCGCAUCCAAUGCAUCUUAUCGCGCUGUCAAAACCGCACCAGGCGUCAGUGGUUCUGGUUCACACAACGCAGAAGCACCGAGCAGACUCGCACAACAAAUAGUUGGAAGAAGGCUGGAGUUGUCAUCUCCAUCCUUGACGCCCGUUAAAUGCGCCAAACCAGUGGUCUUGACCAUCGCCGACCAAUUGUUCACAACACCUACUAGGGGCCAAAAGCGAGCAAGGGCAGACGACGCGCCAGACGCACCAUCAUUCGAAUUGGACAUAGACGAACACAAUGAAGCUAGUACGCCUGUUAAGAAGGAUGGAAAAGCCACUCUGAUUUCACCUACGUCGGCGACAAAGACACACUCAGACCACCUAGUGGGCCAGCUAAUGAUGCUUAACAAUGAGAUUGGAGACACCGAGGGACAUAUUGUCUUUGGUCAAGUCAACAUCACGGCUGUAACAAAGAUCAAAGCUACCCACACCGGUUUCACCAAAGACCCAUGGUCGAGCAACUGGUUGGUGCGCACACGGGCCGUGCGUUCUAAAAGCCAUCAGAGAAUGGAUGCGAUCAAGAACACCCUAUGACCUAGCAAGGGUCUCACACCCUGACCCACGGAUCAUUGCAGUCAGCGGCAAUGCCAUCAAGUCACAAAUAUGCAAUUGUUCUGAAUUGGACCACGAGCUUGGGUCGUUGAUCGUCCGGCGAAUUGGACAGAUGGAGUCACAUGCACACCGUGCCAGCCCCGACGAACUAUACCGGUUGCUCCUCGAGCCCGAUUUUGCGUGUCACGCCUUUGCAGGGGAAAAUACCACAAGAAUCAUGUCAAUACAAAGGCAAGUCAUCGAAAAUGAAGUGAAGUGCAACAUCGCAAACUGUCGGAUGGUUACAAUCCCCGCCGUCAUGCAACAUGGUUGGUGCUGCUUCAACUGGGACAUGAUGGCCCACGUGAUAACCAUAAUGGACCCAAUGGCAUACCAGACAGAGGACACAACACGGAAAACUUGUUUUAUGUACGCGGCUGACAAGAUACACGACGCUCUUUUUGAUUGCAUUGAAGAAUUCUUCACCGAGUGGCACUGCAGCAGACAUUCAUGGACGAAGAAGUCACCUCUACUGUCUACCACAACAUUCACAAGGCCAGAGAGUGCCCUGUGUGUCGUCCACCUACUAAGACAAUUCAAAGGGAAUUCACUGGCAAAACCACUUACCAGGGCAGCUAUCGCCAACGAAAGGGGCUCGCUCCUCAUCGAGCUGAUCCACAUGAAAGGCAACACCGCCCCUCUGCAGCUAGAAGGACUCGACACCAUUGCCGACGCUCUGAAUGAGACGAUGAAAGACUUAGGGGUUUAGGUGUGGCGAAGAGUGUUAGUUCUAAUGUAUCUAGGACGGCACUGGAUAAUAAUGUAGAACAAGUGUCCCGUGGUCGCUCAUUAUGUAUCUACUUUUAACUAGUAUUUUUCUUGUAAUCAGCAACAUUUACAUUUCCCUGAAUAUCGCAGCGUCCAAACAAUAACAACUUGGUAA